AUGACAACUGCACCUUCAACAAAUAGUAAAAACCAACACAUGAGAUCAGCUCCUCUUACGCUCUUAGGGCAUAAUGGAUCGAUGGUCUCUGUUAUGGAAUAUCUGAAUUUAACAGUGUCGCCAUUUUCACUACCGUCUCUAGCCGUCAUGUUGAUCGUCAUGGCAACCUUAGUCUUCGCUUUGGCAUUUGUAAAUAAGUAUGCAGGCAAUAAUAAUGCCUUACAGCAAAUCUCCCAGCGAUUGAGCGAGAAGCUUGGAUUGUACAUGGCUGGAUCCAUGGUCGGCGAGUAUACUAAGAGAAUAUUCAAUGCAUGGACAACAUCAAGACAGGAGAGCAUAUCAACAACUAAUAGAGAUGAAAAAAGCAAACGCAUCUCAAUCGAGGGUUCGUCAUCGUCAACAUCAUUCUCAUCGUCUACGCUUCCAAUACAUAAUACAACACAAAAAAAGGAUCCUGCUACUCAACUAUCAGCCUCACAUAGACGGCAGAAUUCUCGUUUAAAACCUCAAGUUCAAGACAUUGAUUUCGAUCCAAUACUAACUAUAAAUAAUACCUCAUCAAUGCCGCCGAUCGAUUGCUACUCUUCGGGAGACAAUCCAUCCGUUGGUCAUGAUGAUGGGAAAGCAACUUUCACUAUUGAUGUUGCUGAACCGGGGCAUGCUGAAGUAGAAAAGGAUGUUAGUGAAAAUAAUGAUAACAAUGAUGCAGAUGGUAGAUAUAAUGACAGUGUCUGUGAAGAUCAUUCUAACAUACAAACGCCGUCAUUAAAUCCCACUGAGCGACUCCAAAUUGACGCGAAUACAAGGGACACUUCUGUAACAGAUGAAAAGGCAUCUAUUCAAACAAGUAUAACAGCGCAUUCCGAUAAUAACUAUGCGUCGACCGACUAUAGCAUGAUUACUCAGCAUCAGGAAACUGAUGGUGAGGUUGAAAGUAUUAUAUCAGAUGAUCACUCUGAAUCAAAUUCAAUUAGAUCAGUUUCAGUACAGUCAUCCCUUGAAUCUAAGUCGUCUCCGCGAUUAACUCAGGAUGCCUCCGCUAAAAGACGCCGCCGAAGAAGAACGAGAGGCAAAGGAAACAAGCAAAGAGCGCAUCAUGGGCAACAACAUCCAGACAAUCAGAAGCAAGAAACUCAAAUCGCACAAUCAAUUAAACAUGAUACCGGACAGCAAUUGAUAGAUAAACGCUUAUCCGCUGGAUACCAAAGCACCGAUAUCAAUAUGAGCAGCAGUCGAAGGCAUACCACUUUCCGCAGGUCACCCGAUCCAUUAUGGAAGCCAAGCGUUCCUAGUCCGUCUCACAAUCCUAUAGGAACGUCUGCGUCACAAUCGUCUAUCAGGUAUCCUUCAUACGCUGAUGUCAUAUCACCAAACAGCGAUCGCACCAAUCUCCCGAUAACAUUGUUUAACGGAAUGACUGGCGCGUCACCCGAAAUGACGACCACAGAUCCAAUAAAGCAUAAAAGCAAUACUAGUUCGAGUUCACAAUGGUAUUCGCCCUUUCAAUCUGGUCUAUCGAUACAACUCACUCCGCCUGCUUCUCCGCCCGAAGCUCAUAAGCAAUUGCCCGGAACUGGGAAAUGUGAAUCUGUACCUACGUUUUCGUUCUUCUCUGGAUUGUCUGGUACGUCAUCCGCUUCGGGUAAAGACAAGUAUCGCACAGAUGUUCAUUUCUCCUCUCAAUAUGUGCAUUCAGGCAAUGGAUAUGAUUCCAUAUUGUCCAACACACUGAAUACAUUUACACCGUUUGCGAACAAUGUUUUUGUCCAACCAUCACCCAUUAAUCAUUAUGACACAUCUGCUAUCAAUCAGUCGUUUACUGGUUCGUUUUUCAAACGACGCAUGCCUUUGGUUGAUCAGGAAAAAGGAGAAUAUUCGGGCGAAGAUGACGAUAAUUUGCUAUGGAAUCCAGGAAAAGGGAUACAUGCCGGAGUGAUGGAUGAGCGAACUUGGAAAAAAGGGAGUACGAGAUGGGAUGCGAAGCCAGAUGAAGGAUUUAUAAAACCCCGGGAGAGAAGUCGUAGAGGAAAAGAGAAACAAUGGCAAGGACGUCAUAACCAUGGGGGUGAUAAGCAUCAAAGUGGAAUUAGCGAGAGACGAUCUAGUAAUGAUCAACAACGACCAAAGCAACAGCUCUUCCAAAGGUCGCAUCUACGAGAGCCAAAUUCUUUUUCUUUAUUUGAAGACAAAAAUAGAUAA